CGUCAACCUCUGCUGGCAAAUGCGGGACACACUCCAGUUCCUGUUCCUUUGUGAGGGAACUUUAUGAAAUGCUACAACUUUCCAGAAAUUCCUCAAGUCCCCUGAUUAUCUCAAUCCGCUUCUCCGCCCAGAUUGAUCAACUUUUCGACGGUGCACCUACUCUCGCUCCAGCAAUCGGCAUGCAACGGUACCUUAGAAAUGCCGCCACAAUCAGAGAGCUUCAAGCGCGCCUUGGCCAGAUUCCAAAGCGAGGUUGGACCAAAACGCGCCCAGGAAUUUUCCAACUGUUCACUGCAAAAUGUCCACUUGUUGAUGAAGCAGAUUCAAGACAAACAAGGCAAAAAUCGGGAAUUGCGCGCUUUCAAGCUUCUUGAAUCCUUCCUUGAGGCCAUGAAGGAGCUCGGCAAAGUCAUUGAGGUCUUUACUAACACGACUGUGUUUCUGUGCUAUGUCUGGGGACCCAUCAAGUUCGUGCUUAUGGCCGCCAGCACCCACCUUCAAUCACUUGAAAGAUUGCUGGAUAUGUACAGUGAUAUCGAAGAGAAUCUCGCCGGCUUGCUGCAUUAUGAGGCAACAUUCGAGCGCAACACACGCCUCGCAUCUGUUCUCGAAGAUUAUUACUUGGACGUGCUUAAUUUCCAUAAGGAGGCCCUUGCUGUGUUUGACCGAAACCGAGCCCUUACGAGACGUAAGGAGAUCUUGAACAGCGAAAAGCUAUCCGCUUCUCUUGACCAGAUAAUCAAGUUGCGAGCCGCGAUCCGCGAAGUAUACACCAGCCAAAAGCAGGUAGCAGAUAAGCAAGAAGAAGAGACGCACAAAGAGCGGAAGAAAGCAAUCAUGGGGAGGUUGUCCAUCCCAGACUACCAGUCUGACUACCGAUUCUUCAUUGAUUGCAGAGACGACUCGAACGACACGCUGGGAACUUCUUCAGGAACGUGGAUUUUCGAUAAUCCCAUAUUUCAGGCCUGGCAUCUCGGUGAUGCUUCUGGAAAACGAGUCCUCUACAUACACGGAAGGCCAGGUGGAGGGAAAUCAACGCUCAUGGCCACGGUAAUAGAAUGGCUUUCGAAGGACAUGAGACCAGAUGUUGCUCUCGCUUUCUUUUACUUUCGCCACCAAAACGCAGACAAAGACAAUCUCAACAGUCUGCUCCGAGCGCUUCUUGGACAGCUCUACGAUCGAGAUCCCGUUCUAGCCGCCCACAUUGAAAUGGAGACAUCGAAGCAUGAUGGACUUCGCUCGCAAGUAUUACAGGAGCUCGUAAGCACCGCAGUAGGAACCUAUGCUACAACUUACCUCGUCCUAGACGGGCUGGAUGAAUGUGCAAAUGACGAGGAAGAGAAGGCGAUCAAAUGGCUGCUGGCGCUCUGCAAGCGUUCCCCUGGACUACGACUUCUUUUUUCGGGCCAGCGAGAUGGCGUGCUAGACCAUCUUCUCAGAUCAUCCAAGUCAGCGCAUUCAAUUCUCCUCGACACAACACCUGGCCAUGUUGGAAAUAUCAAAGACUAUUGCCAAAGCCUUGCAAGGGACAUACAGACCGAAUUUGAGAAUGAGCUGGAACCAUCGUUGGAGCAAAAGAUAGUAGAUCUAGUUUCUGGAAAAGCUGAUGGCAUGUUUCUCUAUGCAAAGCUAGUUCUCGAGCAUCUUCUUGGCCUAUCGUCUAUCGCCGAACUAAAGCAAGAGUUGCAACCUGGGGUCUUUCCGGCGAGCUUAGAGGAAGCAUACGAAAAAUUGGAACAUCGCUUGCAGAAGGACUCCUCAAGGGCCAAAAGCAAGUGGAAAGCAGCGAUCAGAAUUUUGAGCUAUGUGGUCUGUUGCAAGCGGACCCUCUUUUGGAGGGAAAUCCAGUCUCUCUUCUCUAUCGACAAGUUAACUGGAGAAGUAGACUACGAUCGCCGUCCUGUCAAGAGCUACAAGCAGCUCUGUGGCUCUUUCCUGGACUCGCACACUGUCAACAAAGACUACACCGGCCCCGAGGACGAGGUCCACCUGGUACAUGAAACAGCCCGCGAAUUCUUAAUACGGAGACAAAUCGUGAACACCACGCGAGUGCACUUGGAACUCUCGAUUUUUUGCUCCCAGUAUCUUUUAUCUCCACCCUUCGCGUCGGGGAUUGCGGAGGAUGAUGUCAUGUCAUACGCUAGAAGGGGCUCAUACGCCUUACAGGACUACGCAGCGCAGUACUGGCUCGACCAUCUCCGGGAAAGCAUCAAGGCUUCUGGCACGCUACAGAGCGCUGGUCGUCAAGAGGCCAUACAAUGGGCUUAUCGCUUUCUCCAAUCAUACGGAGACCAUGCAAAGAUGUCGACUCUCGAUGAUGCCGGUGGGUUUCCAAGCGUGGAUCAGGUGGCCGGCCGCAUUCCGGAGCACGGUGGCGAGCGAAACAGUUACUUCAACAUCGAAGAAAGAACUGAGGCCAUCCGACAGGCUAUCGGAAAGUUGGACGAACAGACACUCACCUCUAGGGAGACGAAGAUUCUUAGUCAGCUUCAAGGGCCGCUGAACGUGCACAAAUGUUCGAAACCGUGGUGCAAGUUCUUCAAGGGCAACCUGCAAACACCGGAAGUACGAGAAAAGCACAUCAGUCACUACGAGCGUCUGUUUCGUUGUACGGUUGAAAGCUGUCCGAUGUCCACCGUUGGGUAUAGCUCCUCUGCCGAACUUCGAAAACAUAUUUCCAAGGACCACAAACAGAGUAGUAAUCGGAAUCGCUUCCCGAAACUUGCUACAUUUGGCUUACUCGACGACGUGAACGAGAGUCCCGACGCUGUGGACGAGAGUCUCGACGACGUGGACAAGAAUCCCGAAUUCAGGGAUCUCAUGUCGGCAUCAAGAAGAGGAGAUACGAGUACUAUAGACGACCUACUCGGGGCCCGAACAGCAAAGGAAGCGCGGCAAAUGGUCAACAGAAAAGACAAAUCAACGGGCGAAGCACCUCUCCUUAUUGCCGCCGAAAAUGGACAUGCUCGGACGUGCAGAGCUCUCUUGGAAUGGGGGGCGGAUGCGCACUCCAUGUCACUCAUAGGGACUACACCGCUCCUCACAGCUGCGAAAGUCGUAGAGGAACAGACAUCUUUUGACAUCUGUUCUGCUCUGAUCGAAUAUGGAGCACGCGUUGACGCAGAUAACGCAAAUAACGCUCAUCGUGAUACAGCUGUCCACCUUGCAGUUGCCCGUGGACAUAUUUCGACAGUCGACUUGCUUCUUGAAAUAGGAGUGGACAUCCUGGAGUUGGUUAUCAAAAGUCGGGAAUUCAGGCAUCUUCUUAAAGAGUUGUUGGACUAUCCCAAGUUGGAAAUUAGCGCAUCCGAAUGGUAUGACCUGGUUUCGAGAAUCAAGGGCAAGGUGGUAGGUCUCGAUGAAGAGACCAAGGAUGCUAUUGACGGAUUUAAACCCAAGGAAUAG